AUGUCUGCUAACGUCCCCAUCGCGCGCUCCCUCAGGGAUAUCUAUACCGACGAUGCCUUGUCAUCACAGUCGAAGCGAUGGACAACGCUGCUGUCGCGCUUUGAGCAACAGUUUGGCGAGGCUGCAGCCUUUGUCGCACGCUCCCCUGGACGCGUGAACAUCAUCGGCGAGCACCUCGACUACUCCCUAUACUCCGUCCUUCCCAUGGCCAUAACGGCAGACGCCAUCAUCGCUGUCUCCUACGACGAGACACCCGCCAAUUCUUCGUCCUUCAAGCUGACUGUGGCUAAUGUCCAGUCCGAUAAAUUCCCCACCCGCGAGUUUGCUGUCGCAGUCGACGGCGACGUGGAAAUUGAUGCCACCCAGCACGAGUGGACCAACUAUUUCAAGAGCGGGCUCCGUGGCGCUCUUGAACUCCUUCGAAAGAAACGGGGACCCGACUUCCGCCCCAAGAGAAUGAAGAUCCUGAUGGACGGCAAUGUGCCCGCUGGUGGAGGCCUCAGCUCGAGUGCGGCCUUUGUCUCUGCGUCGGCGCUCGCUGUCGUGGUCGCCAAUGGCGAGGAAGCUGUCGACAAGACGGAGCUUACGGAGCUUGCCAUUGUCAGCGAGCGUGCGGUUGGCGUCAACUCGGGAGGCAUGGACCAGUCGGCUUCUGUCUUUUCGGAGCGUGAUGCCGCUCUAUUCGUCUCCUUUGCCCCCAAGCUGACGGCUCGCCCCGUCUUCUUCCCUCCAACCAACCCCGAGCUUGUCUUCCUCAUCGCCCAGUCUUUUGUGACUUCAAACAAGUAUGUCACAGGGCCAAUUCACUACAACCUCCGUGUCGUCGAGGUAACGCUGGCUGCUGCCUAUCUCAACGCCGUGCUUAACCCGCCCGGAACGCAGUUGCCCGCCGACGCCGGACCCUUGGGCACCUCACUGCACGGCUUCCAUGAGACCUACUUCCACCACCAGCGUGCUGCCAAUAGCGAGUACUCGGUCGCGACUGGGAGCCAUUUCGAUACUCCAGAAGCUCAGCUCGUGGAGCUCAUCCGGUUGACAAAGUCAGCACUUUCGCAAGAGGAUGGUUACACACGUGAGGAAGUGGCUUCGACGCUCGGCAUCACAGUUGCCGAAUUGGAGGCGCGUUACACUUCUAAGAUCCCCAUCCGAGCCGACCGGUUCAAGCUUCGUCAGCGCGCGUUGCAUGUCUUCGCCGAAGCUCUACGCACGCUUGAGUUCAUGUCACUGAUUGAGUCCGCCGCGCCGUCGACAGGCGCUGACACGACGGAGCUCAACACCAAGCUCGGUGCCCUGCUCAACGAAACGCACGCGUCUUGCCAGACAGCGUACGAGAACAGCUGGCCUGAGGUUGACGAUAUUUGCAGGAUCGCACGCGAGGCUGGUUCAUAUGGAAGUCGCAUCACUGGAGCUGGAUGGGGUGGAUGCAGUGUGCAUCUCGUCCCUGCUGACAAGGUCGAGGCAGUACAGACAGCAUGGGACCGUGAGUACUACUCGAAGCGGGAGCUGACAGCGGAGCAAACGGCCGAGGCUACGGUGGUCAGCCGGCCAGGAAGCGGCAGCGCUGUGUUCAUCGUCAAGGAAGGAAGCAUUGGAGCGUAA